GAGGUCUCCGCGUUCCGACUGCCCUGCUUCCUCCCGGCCACUUUCCAGCAGAGUCGCGUUAGCAGACAGAGAACCUAAGAUGGGCACUCCAGCAUCUGUGGUGAGUGAGCCACCCCCAGGGCAGGCACCGGUAGAAGUCCGGAGACGAAAGCAAGCCUCCGCCAACAUCUUCCAGGAUGCAGAACUGCUACAAAUUCAAGGCCUAUUUCAGCGCAGUGGUGACAGGCAAGCUGAGGAACGAGCACAGAUCAUCUGGGAGUGUGCUGGGGACCACAGAGUGGCUGAAGCCUUGAGGCAGCUUCGAAGGAAGAAAAGACGGCCACCAGGGCAUUCACUGCAGCACUGUAGUCGACGUAGAAUACCAGAGGACUGCUCUCCAUCUGUCGACCCCUCAAGCAGUACCAUGGAGUUGACUGCCAAUGGGCAGCACCUAAGAACAAGUGCCAGGAACCGGCGGAGCUGGAGAAAGACAAGCCCCACCAGCUAUCUUCACCAGAUUAGACAUUGACCUAUUGAGGGUGGGCUGGGGUGACCCUCCAUAAGAAUCCAUUUGUUCUCUGAUGGGGAUCCCUUUGAAGGGGAUGUGGGGAGGCAAAGAAAGAAGUGAGGCCUGAAUCCGCCAGCCACAUCAAGGUUCUAGCAGAUGAAGGUUCUAGCUAAAGGCUCAGUUACAGCCCACCUACUCAGUUAAGGCAUAAGUGGAGAGACUUCUACUGGUCUCUUCAUCAUAUGGGAACUUGCUAUUCCCCAGACUCAGUGAGUUCAUUAAUAGCCCCUGCCAUUAAACAACUUCCCUCCUUCCAAACUAACACUAUAGUGAGACUAAACUACAUUCCUUAUUAAGAUUUUGAAUGGACCCAGGAUCAGGCCCAGAUUAUUUAUUACUAAGUCUUUAAUCAGUAAUCUAAUAGGCCUGUCCCAGGGAUGUCAAUAAUAAUUCACAUUUAUAUCGCACUUUAAGGUUUACAAAGCACUUUACUCACAACAACCUUUUUGAGGUAGGAAGUGUAAGUAUUAUUUUCCCCACUUCACAGAUGAGGAAACCAAGUCAGUAAAGUUAAUAAGACUUGCCCGUAGUCACACAGCUAGUGUCAGAGCUGGGAUUCUAACCAACUCAAGUCAAGUUCAGUACUCUUUCCAUUACACCAAGCUGCCUCUUUCUUUGCCUACCUGCCAAAAAGACAGAGACAAAGAAAAAACUCUGGCUAAGGUUCCCUAGAGUGUAUGAGACUAUUUAAUAAUAAAAACCUCUCAAUCAA